AGGAGGCUUAACACAAAAUUUGGAAUUUUGGAGUUUAUUAGCCUGGCAGUGGGGCUGGUGAGCAUCCGUGGGGUGGACUCAGGACUCUACCUCGGCAUGAAUGAGAGAGGCGAGCUGUAUGGGUCGAAGAAGCUCACACGGGAGUGCGUUUUCCGAGAGCAGUUUGAAGAGAACUGGUACAACACGUACGCCUCGACCCUCUACAAGCAUCCCGACUCGGAGAGGCAUUACUACGUGGCUCUGAACAAGGACGGCUCCCCCCGGGAGGGGUACAGGACUAAGAGACAUCAGAAAUUCACUCAUUUUUUACCCAGGCCUGUGGACCCUGCCAAAAUACCCGCGAUGUACAGAGACCUCUUCCACUACAGGUGAUGUUUCCUGCAGCUGCCCCGUCAGUGUACAUACUUGGGCUCCCAAGCUUUUUCCCAGAGCACUAUAUUAAUAGUCAUUCCAUCAUUCCUGUAAGCGUAGAUGACAUAGGAAAGCACUUACAUUGAAUUGAGACACUGCUGUUCCUCCUUGUUUCAAGCGUAUAUUGAACCUGGGUUAUUUAUGGGGCUGGGGGUAGGUGAAGGGAGGGAACCCUACAUAUAAUCUGCCAUUUUCAUUCACUUUCUUUACCCGGUUGCUACAAGAGAGGCCUAAUAUUCAAUGUUACGGUUGCUUAAAGGAACAAGCGGGCGAGCAAACCUGAUCACCGGGUGGGAGGGGGCGCGAAAAAUAAACUAAAAAUGAAGAGAAGGAAAGAAAACAAAAGACCA